UAGUUUCUUCUAUACAUCUCAGGCGGUUUUAUAACUUUGUGGUUUAAAGUUUUUUAUAGGACUUGACUUCUGAAGGUGAGCGGUGACGCCAGUGAUAGUUGGGAGGAGUUACACAAUUGAAAUUCAAAGAGGUUGAGCCGUUCGCGAACCGAGCGAUGUGUUGUUAUCUUAACGGCACAUAGACGUUCGGGCGGGCGGGCAGGACUCGGCCGAAAGCGAACAGGUCUAGCCAGGGCUGCUUUUCGCCUUCAAGCUGAAUAAGCAUUAAGGGUGGGGUUCCACCGACACAAGGAAUGUACCGCGAAUGCGUUCGCUGAAGAGGGGUUGAAUAUUGCCGACUUUUUAUUGACAAAAAAGCUUCUUCACCGGCGAAUACUAACUUGUUUUCACAUUAAGGUUGUUUUCCCUGCUCCAUAAUGGCCCAUCGGUCCCAGAGUUCUUCAGUGGGAGACAACCCUCUGGAUCAAAAUUACUUGCGCCCCCAUUACCGGGAAGAGUACCGCAUGGCUAUUGAUGCCCUGGUGGAGGAAGACCUUGAGGGCUAUUACAGUUUCUUACAAAAUGCUAAUGUAGUUGAAUUCUUGUCAAGGCCAGAGAUUGAGCAUAUUAAACGCACAGUACAUUCACCUCAGAGUGCUGGAAAUGUACCAGAACUGCCCUAUCAUGAAAUAGAUCAGGAUGGGUCUUCUGACACCUACUGGCCACUGCACUCUGAUUUGGAUGCACCAGGACUAGACCUUGGCUGGCCUCUACAGCAGCACUGUUUUGUAGGGCCCACAGAAGUCACAAUGUUGGUAAACCCAUCUGACCCUGAAAUGCCCAGCAUUAAGGAGCAGGCCCGGAGACUCAUCAAAAAUGCUAAUCAGGUCAUUGCAGUGGUGAUGGAUAUUUUCACAGAUGUUGAUAUAUUUUCUGAUCUUUUGGAUGCUGCAGCACGUCAUGUGCCUGUCUAUAUUCUGCUAGAUGAACACAAUGCCCAUCAUUUUGUUUCCAUGGUGACAUGCUGCAAAGUUAACCUGGAUAUGAUCCAUAUGAUGCGGGUACGGACAGUGGCGGGCGUUACCUAUUUCUGCCGCACAGGGAAGUCAUUUAAAGGUCAAGUGAUGGACCGUUUUCUUCUGACAGACUGCAGAGCAGUGCUCAGUGGAAACUAUAGCUUUAUGUGGUCUUUUGAGAAGAUCCACCGCUGCAUUGCCCACUUGUUCCUUGGAGAACUAGUUGCCACUUUUGAUGAGGAGUUUCGUAUUUUGUUUGCUCAGUCUCAGCCGCUUAUUGUUGAAAAUGCCCUUGUGCCCAUGCCACAUGAUAAUACAAGUAGUUACCUUGGCAACCAGUUUGGCUUAAAAAGGACUCAGUCACUGAGGAAUCCCAGAGGAUUUCUUCGCCAGCCUGAACUUACUGCUUACCAAUUUGGAGAUCGUGUUGAAUCUAGACUGCCUUUUCGAAGGGAUGACCCAUUUCGCCAUACUCUUGAACCAGGUGCAGGUGCUAUGCAGGUCACAAAAUAUGCAUCACAGCAGUUCAAAAUGCAACAGUCAUUCUUGGAUCAAGGCCGCUCAAUGUUAGCUUCCAAGCAGAUGGAAAUGAAUGCAUAUAAGAGGCAUAGUUAUGCUGAGGGCACACAUGAGACCUACUCGUCCUCCCGGCAGUAUAUGAAGCAUCGUGUAAUGAACAAUUUGGAGGAGAUGGAAUCACAAUACCAGAGAGAACAACAUUACUAUCAAAGUGAAGGUAUUGGACCUGAUCCAGAGCAUGGACGCUAUGAUCGCCUAAACUACGGAUUGAAUCAGACAGAUCAGUACUCUAAUUCUGCAUAUGCUACUGAACUCGAAGCACCAGGAAACCUUAAUGUGUUAUCAUCUGAUGACCUCAGACCCGGUUCAGAAAAACAGCAUCAUUCUGGAGGGGGCCGCUAUGGCCCGCAAUGCCACAAGAGGCCUUCGGUGGGCCAUGCAUAUGCCUGUCAGAGUUCGCCAUCGCAGCCACAUCCUCCAGAGCACAAGCAGAUAUUCCCUACUGGAGAGCAGACAAGGCAAUCCCAGGACCCCAGUGCGAAGCAGGGAUUAAGGAGCUGGAGAAUCAACUCUUACCUCAGUGCCUACGAAGAUGGAGGGGAGGAGGGCCUGCAUCAACCCAUGGGUCCAGAUGCCUUUGAUGAGCCACAGCAACAACCUGGCAGCAGACUUUAUUACCCAGAGGGACCAGGCUCUCAUUUCAACACAAGAGAACCUCCACAUAUCCCAUCUAAGCCAAACCUUGACUUGUGGCCACGCUUCAGUAAACCAAUUUUACAAGAGAGGAAUCAAGUAAAGGAUAUUAGCUCUGAUCUGGGGCCCACAGGUACUGACACUUUGAAACCAGCAAUUUCAUCUUCAUCACUAGCAUCAUCGACAGAUAAUGAAAAAGAGGUGGAGUUUAAAGAACCAAAGGAGAUAAGCAUUACCAAACAUGAGUCUUUCCGAACUCGAAUUAACCCAAUGCUGCAAAGGAGCUCAAGACUACGCUCUUCAUUAAUCUUCAGCUCCUCCAAGCAGGAGCAACACAGCUCAUUACAGGCUAAGUCUGGUGGGGAGUUGCAAGAGGAGAAAGAGGAGACAGAGCCUAUUCGUUACUCGUCCAUUGUAGCAGAGAUUCUGGAGAAGAGGAAAUCACUGUCAAGAGAGCCAUUUGACUGGAGUAAGCAUAAAAAAGCAGAUGAAAAAGAUGGCAUUAACUCUUCAACAGUAGAUCUGACAACAAUCCAAGACACCACAAACAAUAAAGAGGGGCGUGUCAAAGAAAAAGAGAAACCUGAAUAUACUGUACCUGAGCACCAAACUAAAGUCACAUCUCAGCAAGCACAAUCUUUCCUAAACAUGAAUGAUCCAGCAAGCCGACUUCAGUACUUCAAAGAAAUAGCGGCAAAUAGAAAGUCAAAAUUACUAUUAGAUGUAGUUCCUAAAAACCAAGAACCAUCCAUGGUGAAGACAGACCUCUCUAAUACACCAACCCAAGUUCUAAAUGUGUCAAUUAUUUCAGAGGAGUCCACUGCCAAGAUACAAGUCCCAUCCAUUGCACAAACUGAUCCCUCUGCAGCACACCCAUUGAUCCCAGCAAAACCAAAACCUUUUGAGGUCUGUGUUGACAGGCCAUGCACAAACAGCAAACCUCUAACUGAGAAGACAUCUGAUGCAGCAAAAAAAGAGCCAGCUAAGGAACUAAACGUUACUAAGUCUCUUAAGCCUUUCUCCUCAGCACAUUUCUUCAAAAAAGACACAUUCAAACCUUCCAAGGGCUCUCAAACUCGACGGAUCUCAUGCGGUGAGGAGAUUCUCACAGAUGCAACAGAUGCUGAAAAAAGUGAGCUAAAGAAGUCUCGCAGCCACAGCUCAUCAGGCAUAUCACGCACAGAGUCCAAAGAAAGUCUGAGCCUCACCCGACAGGGCUCCAAUGCAUCCAUGAACCUUGUGGGGUCUGAAGGCAAAGAUACAAAAGCCCUUGACUUUCUCAAGAAACAAACACAGAGAUUGAAGGGUUUACUUGGGCCAAAGGGAGAAAAAAAGAGUUCAGGUGUGUCAGGAUCUUCAGAGGACAAGUCAAUGAAAACUGUACCUGAGGUACAAGAGGAACCGUCAGACAAAGGGGCACAUUCAGAAUCCAUAUCAUCGUCAACAACAGUAGAGAGCAAAAAACCCAAUAGUAAAUCAACCCAAUCACGCUAUCAGUCCUCUACCUCGAAUGUGCUGUUCAGCAGCAACCUCAGGGACGAUACCAAAGUGAUCCUUGAGCAAAUCUCUGCAAAUAGCCAGAAGAAUAGACAGGAACUGGUUAAGCAGGCUGAAGAGUCUGGGAUAGGCAAAGAGGACAAGGAAGAUACCCUCCGGUAUCAAAGCCAUAACCGGUUCAGUCGAACUCCAGUCAACCCACAGGAGAGGGACGAUCUGCUGAAGAGAAUAGAGAGCAUGCGCAAGGAGAAGAAAGUAUACAGUCGCUUCGAGAUGGGGAAUAACCUGGGAUAAAAAAACAUGGAGGAAGGGGCCAAUGUUCCUCACAAAGAACUGUAAAGAACCUGAAAAUGUCCCAAAAAAAUGUCCCCAGUACCAAACAUGGCCGAUACUGCUGAAAAGACACAGAGAAGCAAUUAUGUUUCUUCAGAUAAAGGGUCUGCUAAAUGACUAGUAACAUAAAUGGUUCAUGGAUCUCAUAAAACCAGACCACGAAAAAAGCACAACCUCAAAUAUGAGGAGUCUUGCUACAGCAAGAGGAAUAAUUCUCACUCUGUGCCAAUCUGAGCCCACAGUGGAUUCACUCUGCCCAUAUAAGGCAUCAGGGCAUACCUCAUAAUAAUAAUCGGACAACAUCCCUGCAGAAUAGAAAAACAGAAAUGGGGCCAAAGGAGGCUUUGAGCUUUGAGAAGCUUUUCACAACUUUUCAAACCAUUUCAUGGCCCAUGUGUACAUGUGAACUGUUGUUUGGCACCAUUUACAACUCUGGUAAAGGAAAGUAACAUGUCUGGGCAGAAGCGUAGAUAUGCCACGCUGAAGGCCCUAAAACACACCCUCAUUAACACCCCCCCCACCCCCACCCCCACCCAAAACCCUCCCACCCCCCCCUCCACCCUCCCAAGGACACGUCAUGCUGAAAUUCUGCUUUGAUAUGACUCUUGUGCCAAUGGAUCACAAACAUAAAGGAAACCAGACAUGGCUGGAAGACAUCACUUCAAGAAUUGAAGGUAAAGAACACAGAAAAUGUGCAACCUGAAACUGUCAGAACUGUUUCAGGUUGCAACCUGAAACUGUCAAUAGCAGGAAAGUAUGCAAGGAAUGUAUAGAAAAUUUAUUUUACUUUAACAGUAUGUUGUCAAGGAAGUGGAUUGAUACCAGGUGGUUAAUAAGGUCACGUGGCUGGGUAAUUUUUCUUGUUUUAAUUCAACAAGAAAUUACGGUAUAAUGCUGUCUAGACAUUCUGCAUUAGCUACUCUGUGUUGGGAGGAGAAACUGUUAAAUCUGGGUUUGAUAAAGAUGUUCUCAGGACUGGGCUUUGCCCUGUAUUUUGUCAAUGCAAAAUUUAAUUAACAGAUAUAAUGGUAUUACUGAACACCAACAAAUUCCCAGAGUGCCCUACUAGAUGUAUCAUAGGACUGAUUUAAGCAAACUGGAUGCUGAUCUAAUGCUGUAUAUCUGAUCAAAGAGAGUGAUUAAAUUUGACUUCGAUAGUCUUCCUAGUCACUUGUUAAGAAAUAAAAUGUGUCAUCACUACAGUUUAUAAAUACAAACUUUGGAGGAUCUAGACAUGUUUACACAUUUUUAUUGUGUCAUAAAUUCUGAAUAAAUGGUCUAGAAACCUUUUU